AUGGAUCAUGUUGAAUCUUCCAACUCCAGAGACAAAAUCACUGAGACGAUGCAAGUUGAUUCCAAUAAAGAAACCAUGAAAUUGGAAUGCAAAGAGAUUGCUCAUGAAUCUAAGACAGCGCAAGAGAACAAAACGACUGAGGUGAUAAAAGUUGAUAAUGCUCGGUUCAAGCCAUUAAUCAAGGCUGUACAGGAGCAUAAUUGGAUACUUUUACAAGAUUUGGUAGAUAGCACUCCUGGGGCCUUGACUGAAACUGUUACAGAAUAUGGGGAUACCAUUUUUCACGUAAUUAAUUUAUCAAGUGCCCCCACUUGGCUUAUCAAAAACCUUGCAUUCAUGAUCAGUGCAGACGAACUUCAAAAUUUGAGAGAAGAGUUUGGCCGAUCCGUCAUAUUCCAUGCAGCUAUUUAUGGCAAUAAAAAGGCUGCAAAAGCUUAUGUCCUCAGGCACCCAGAAUUUCCAAACAUAAGGAACAGAAAGGGUUACCUUCCAAUUCAUGAAGCAGCAGAAUAUGGCCACAAGGGAAUAAUUCAAUAUCUUCUGUCAAAAACAGAAGUACUUUUGGAUGAUGGUAAAGGUGUUAAACUGAUUAAAGAUAUCAUCAGUUCCGGUCACUAUGGUAUAGCCUUAGAUUUAUGGAAGCGAUAUCCAAAGUUAGCUCUUAAAAAGAAUUCAGACAGAAAAAGUAUAUUAGAAAUAUUGGCUGGUAAGCCUCUGGCUUUUGAGAGUGCGAAUUGGUGUCACCUUGGGUUUUGGGGACGCUUGAUCUAUGAUUGGAUUCCUCUGCAAGAGGAAUAUGUUCCUCACAAUGGAAGUAACAAUGGGGACAUGGAAAACGCUGUUAAGGGUUCAGAUGAGUUUAAAGAAUCCAAACAUUUUGGACCUAUUCGUCGAAUAAUCUAUGCUUCAUUUGGUGCUUUGCGCCAAAUGAUCUGGCCUGUCCUCAUGCUGCUAGGUAAUUGGUUCUGA